CUAACAUAUUACAAGGAAAUAAGUGGCGAAACGUACCGCUACCAAUAUGGUGUACGCAGCAUCAUAGGAUUCAAGGAAGAGAUGAUAAAGAUGGACGCAUACAUCCACUUCGAUAGAGCCGUUCGAUUCAUGAUCUGUGCCGGACAUAAAUGUGGUAGUCGCAGCGACAAUCGCAACGACGCAGAGAUCGUCGGCGCUGUUCUGGCCAUGGGAUGGUGCUAUAUAACUCCAUAUGCUGGUGUCGAUCCCAAGGAGUGGUUUGACAAGCCAGUCACUAGAGACAGGUUGCGAGAUCGAAUCGAAAUCUUGCGGCAAAGGCUCGACGCACAUCAGCACUCGCGACAGCUUUUAGGAGAGGAGGAAUCGAUGAGAGAUGGCAUUCAUAUCGCAAUUCAUCAAUGCGAGGACGAUAUAGGACACCUUCUUCACUUGUUGAGCAAGAUGAACCAUGCAGCAGGCAAUGAGGACAAUGAUGCAACGGAGCAAACUGCUACUGAGGGCAAUGUCGAUGAUGAUGAGAAGCUGGCUGGGGAGGUUGGCCAAUUAAAUAUCAAGGACGCGAUCAAGCAGCAGGACUCUGUGCCAGAGUAAUUUGGUUCUCGGGCAACAACUUUCGAGGUAUUGAAAGAAUGGGGUUGUUGAUACGUCUGACUGCUUGGUCUACGGACUUUAAGAUUAGCAGAU